GUACAGUUCAUACAUACAAAUAUUGGACUGGUACAGUCAGUGUUAACAUUUAUUCGUUUUUUCCACAGCUGGGCGUCGAAACUAAAAUAUAAAAAAAAUUAAAAUCAACCAGAAAAUUAAAAAGUUUCUCCAUGUAACUUAAUAUUUUAAUACUAAAUAGAAAAAAAUCAUUUGCUACAGUGACAGAGUACAGAAUCUAUUUGCAUUUAGGGGCGAAAUACGCGACCCCCAUUGUCAGGUGAAUAUCCCUGCAAUGCCACGAAGUAAACGAAGAGCAGCAACAGAUAUGGGACCUGGAGACGAUGAUAGACAUUUUUCCAAAAGAUUAAGAAACACAAAUAGUAGUUCUAGAAGAUAUUCAAAAUCAGAUGAAGCAUCAUCGUUUAAUCACAAACGUUGUUUAACAUGGUUCCGUGAAUACACAAUACCAGAUGAGCCAGAUAUGCUAGGACCCGAAGGUAUGGAGAAGUUUUGUGAAGAUAUUGCGGUGGAACCAGAGAAUGUUGUAAUGUUAGUAUUAGCAUAUAAAAUGCAAGCACGACAAAUGGGUUUCUUCUCACAAUCGGAAUGGUUAAAAGGUUUAAGUGAAUUGCAGUGUGAUUCCAUUUCAAAAUUACAAACGAAAUUAGAUUAUUUACGUAGUUUAUUAAAUGAUCCACAUUCCUUUAAAGGAAUUUAUAGAUACGCUUACGAUUUUGCAAGGGAUAAAGAUCAACGGAGUAUGGAUAUGGAAACAGCAAAAGCAAUGUUGCAAUUAUUGUUAGGUAAACAUUGGCCAUUAUAUCCACAAUUCAGUCAGUUCCUUGAACAUUCGAAGUACAAAGUGAUUAAUAAAGAUCAAUGGUGUAAUAUUUUAGAAUUUUCUAGAACAAUAUCACAUGAUUUAUCCAAUUAUGAUGUAGAUGGAGCAUGGCCAGUAAUGUUAGACGAAUUUGUGGAAUGGCUAAAAGCAUCUAGAGAUGAAACACGGAAUAGCUGAGUGAUACAAAAAUAAAAUAAAACAAAACACAAACCACAAAAAAUUCAUAAUAAUAAACAAA